AUGAACUUCAAAAACUUGGGAAACCAGACGGCGGAGGUGGGGAACGGAAGACCACCAGGAGGCUUCCAUUUAGCAAGACAAGGCUCGAUAUAUUCGUUAACUUUCGAUGAGCUACAAAACACCAUGGGAGGUAGCAUAGGAAAGGAUUUCGGGUCUCUGAACAUGGAUGAAUUACUAAAAAGCAUUUGGAACGCCGAGGAAGUUCAAACAACCGGAACAAACACCGGCGUACAAGAACCCGCCGGUGAUGGCGGAGCAAAUAUACAGCGCCAAGGAUCAUUAACUCUACCACGAACGUUGAGCCAAAAAACAGUUGAUGAAGUCUGGAAAGGUAUCUCCAAAGAAUUCAACGGAUUUGGCCAACCAAAUUUACCUCAAAGGCAACAGACUUUGGGGGAGAUGACUCUCGAGGAGUUUUUAGUCAAAGCCGGAGUCGUAAGAGAAGAACCUCCGCAAUUACCUUCUAAACAAAACGACAAUGGUUUGUUUCCUAAUUUAACAAAUCCCCAAAACAAUUCCGGUUUUGGUGCUAUCGGAUUCCAACAAGCUCCAGCUCGGAAUAGUAACCAGAUUGCAUUCCAGCCAGCUAAUUUACCAUUGAAUGUCAAUGGAGUCAGAUCAAACCCGCAACAACAACUUUUCCCGAAGCAACCCAAGCUUUCUUAUGGAGUUCCCAUGGCGACGAUUCCACCCAGCAAGCAGUUGGGUAGGAAUGGAAUCGUGGGUCUUUCCGAUCCGGCGAUGAACGGUAAUCUUGUUUCAAAUGGAAUGAUGGGGGCAAUGGUUGCUGUAGGAUCUCCGGCAGUUUCAUCAGAUGGAAUUGGGAAGACAAAUGGAGAUACAUCAUCGGUGUCACCUGUUCCUUAUGAAUUUAGUGGAGCUAUGAGGGGGAGGAAAAGUGGUGCAGUGGAGAAGGUCGUAGAAAGGAGACAGAGACGAAUGAUCAAGAACAGAGAGUCGGCUGCUAGAUCACGUGCUCGUAAACAGGCAUACACCAUGGAACUGGAAGCAGAGGUUUCAAAACUGAAAGAGCAGAAUCAAGAAUUGAAACGGAAGGCUGAGAUGAUGGAAAUGCAACAGAAUCAGCAGGUUAUGGAGAUGAUGAACACGCAGCCUGGAGCAAAACGACGCUAUAUAAGAAGGACACAGUCGGGUCCAUGGUAAAGGUGUGAAAAGUCUGAUUUAACCCUAGUUGACCAAGGUUUGUUGGCGUUCAACAAGGGCAAAGAGGGAAGUCUUUUUUAUUUGUACAUAUUUGGUAGAAACGGGGUUUAGCGUUUAGAAUUAAGAGAGUGAGUCAUAUAUUUGUGUAAGAUCGAUAUCAAGCUUUUUUAAAAUCCAUUGUCACAUGAAUCAGGAUCAAAAGAAAUACAAGGUUAGGUUUACAUAUUUUUAUAGGCAAAAAUCUGUUUGUCAUGCGUGUU